AUGCAGCAGCAGAAUGUUCAGAUCAGGACGGAGCUCGCUCGGCAGGUCCAGGCGCAGGGAGAUCUACCACGGCUGGCCGAGCAGCUCGGCGAUGCGGUGCAGAAGCUGUCGGAUGAACGAAAGGAUAAGUCGUCUGCGCCGGCCUUUUCCCUUGUGGACACCAAGGGGUUAGGCAAGCCCUCCAUCUUCAAGAAUGAGGAAGCAAAGUUCCUGGAGUGGUACCGCAAGACCAAUGCGUACCUGACGGCAGUCUUCGGAGAGCAGUUCCGCAAGCUGCUGGAGUGGGUGGAGGAUCAGGCGCAGGAGACCACGGUGAUUAGCAUGGAGGUUCUGGAGGCAAGGUUCGGCAGCGACGACGAUGAUGAAGAUGAAUUCAUUCCAGACCUCCGCGAGAAGGUCAGCCAGCUGUACGUCGCACUCCAGACGCUGACAGAAGGUGAGAGCUUUGCCCUGGUGAUGAACACUCCCAAGGGUAACGGCGCCGAGGCGAUGAGGAAGCUCAUCAGGCGCUGGGGCCCGGCUUCGGGAGGCAAGCGCCGCGUGCUCUUGAAGCAGAUCAUGAACCCGCAGCGGUGCACCCUCAGCGACCUGUACGCCAAGCUCGAGGAGUGGGAGGAGCUCAUCCGCCGGUACGAGAGGAAGAAGGCAGACGGCCAGGGCAAGGUGGUCGACGAUGACGUGAAGGUUGCAGCCCUGGAGACGAUGGUGCCGGAAGAGCUCGAACUCCACCUCGCGAUGAACAAGCAUCGGUUAGACACGUCGGAGAAGGUCGUAGAGGAGAUCAGGAGCUUCCUGGAGUCGAGACAGUCGCAAGGUGCCCUACUCCGACGAAAGCGAGGUGAUCCAAUGGACGUUGACUCGCUGUACAAAGGAGGCAAGGGCAAGUCCAAAGGCAAGGGUGACAAGAACGGCAAGAAGGGCCAGACCACCAAGCCGCGUGACAAGCGGACGGCGCAGUGCUGGCGCUGCGGUGGCUGGGGCCACACGUCGAAUGAGUGCACAGCCCGCCUGACUGGCGGGAAGACCGGCGAUGGCAAGGGCAGCAAAGGCAAAGGCAAGGGCAAGGAUUUAGACAAGGACAAAGGCAAGGGCAAGAAUCGCCGCUGGGACACCAACUCCUUCGAGCCCGGUGCCGCGUCAAGCUCGAGCCAGCCGGUCUACGGAGACAACUGGGACGACGGCAACAACAGCACGAUCACCAGCCUACCACCCUCAGCGAGCCAGGUGGGUUCCACGAACCUUGGCUCCUUCGAGCUGUGCACGUUCGAGCUCAACAGCUUCGACGAGACCGUCGACGACCAGGAGUGGGUCAGGUUCACGUUCGACUCGGGCGCGGCCGUGACCACCUUCCCUGAGAACACCAAGGGCGAGCGGCUCCCGGCCGAUCCGAAUGCGAGCUAUCGGACGGCCAGCGGUGAGAUCAUAGCAGACUCGGGCGGGGUAUGCAUCCAAGGGCGAUCCGAGUGGAGCGAGCCGAUCAGACUGAAGGCGCGCUUGGCCAGCAUCCACAAGCCGCUGGUCUCGGCCUCGCAGACUCACCGCACGGGCCGGGCCACCUGGCUGACGAAGGAGGGUGGCUACAUCCUCCCGGCCGGCUCGGACAUCGUGAACCGCGUCGACGCUCUCAUCCGAGAUGCUGUGUGGAGUGAGUCGGGCGUGGUGCCGCUGUACGUUGAGAAGGGCAUCUACGCAGGCUAUAUCAAGAAGAACGAGGGAGGCCACGUCAGGAGAGUCUCGUUCGGCGACCACCGCGAGAGCUGGGACUUGUGCCCGGUCGAAGUCGCGCGCCGUGGCAGGGCGCCGACGCAGGCAGAGCGGGAGCAGCACUUGGCAUCUGGACACGCGGUCUACCGCUCGUGGUGCGAGGAGUGCGUGCGGGCAGCCGGCCUGGGCGCCCAGCACGCCAGGCGACCUGAGGAUCGUGAUGACGCCGACCCGGUCGUCAGCAUGGACUUCGCCUUCAUCGGGGAGAAGGUCCAGGACGUGGAGGACGACGGCUCUAUCCCCAUCUUAGUGGUGACGGACCGCAAGUACGGCGUGAAGGGGGCGACCGCCGUCAAGGACAAGACCGCGUCCGACUUCGUGGUCAAGUGGCUCGUGGGCUUCUUGAAGCACCUCGGGCACCGCCGUGUUGUGCUCAAGUCCGACGGCGAGGCGAGCAUCUGUGCGAUCAAGAAUGCAGUGAUGGUUGGUGUGGGCCAGCAUGUCGAGUGCAUCCCGCAGGAGUCGCCCAAGGGCGAGCACAAGAGCAACGGCGAGGUCGAAGCCAGCGUGAAGGAGGUGAAGAAGGUCAUCCGAGCGAACUUCUUUUCCAUGCAGAAGUCCUUCGGCUUCGAGGUCUCGCCCGGGCAUCCCAUCGUCAGGUGGCUGCCCCAGUUUGCCGCGGACUCCAUCUCCAAGUUCAGGCUCGGCGUUGACGGCAUGUCGGCCGAGCAGCGGAGGUGUGGCCGCCCUUGGAGGAAGUUCGCGGCGGAGUUCGGCGAGAGGGUGCACUAUCGACCUCUCGGAGUCGGAGACGAGAGGAGCACGCUGGCCCCCAAGAUGCUCAUGGGGCACUUCGUGGGCUACCACUCGCGGACAGGCGCGCUGCUCGUCAUGACGCAGUCGGGUGUGGUGCAGGCCCAGGGCUUCAAGCGCCUACAUCGAGCCCAGGCAUGGUCGCCGGAGACACCAGGGUCAUGGGGCAAGCUUGCUGGACUGCCGUGGGAGGUUUCCCCCGCGGUGUUGCUCGCGCAGCCCGUGGGCCCGAUCAUCGUGACCAGAGACACGCAGGAGGACCACGACACCGUGGUCAGGAGGCGCUACGUACUCAAGAGGGACAUCGAACGCUUCGGAGCUAAUCCGGGGUGUCCAGGCUGCGCGGACCUCAUGGCAAGGGGGUCGGCGCGGGUCGCGCACUCCCAAGAGUGCCGCGACCGCAUCGAGGCCGAGCUGAUGAAGGACUCGGCAGGCCAGCGGAGACUGGCGGAGCACCACCUGAGGGCGAGUGCUCGCGAGGCUCAGGCGGAGGAGAGCGCGGCGCAGCCGGCGCCCCAGCCUGGAGCAGCCGCAGCCAGCGGCGGAGGAGCCGCCGCGGCCAGCGGCGGAGGAGGCGCCGCGGCAAGGCCCGGCGCGGACGUGGCCAUGGCAGGACCACGUGCGGGCGCCCCGGCGACGUCACCAGCAGCAUCGAGGAAGCGUGCUGCGAGCGUGUCCGCCGAGGAGCGCCGCCCGCCGCAGUUGCGAGACGGGCCAAGGGGGCUCAAGAGAGCCGGGAGCGAGCCGGACCUCCACGGGCAGAUGAUCGUGGACGGAGGCUCGAGCUCGUCGGCUGGACCGGCGAGCGCGGCAGUGUCCGCUGGGCUGGUGCAGCCCGUGCCUAGCCCAGAGGGGGCUAGAGGAGGUGGCGACAUGGAGGACUUGGCAGGGCCAGCUGCACGGGCUGGCAGCUCCAUGGACGUCGGCGCCUUUGACGAGGUCAAGGGCAAGAUCUACAGGGAGAUCCUGGCGCUGGUGAGCGCCACGGACCUGAUCGGCGACAACGUCAUGUCGAUCAAGGAGCUGAAGGAGGUGUCCGCGCUGUUGACCGAGAUCAACGGGGUCGACCUCGCAGAGGUCUACUCGCCCGAGCGCUUCAAGGGGAAGGCGCUCGGCAUGGGCCUGACAGCAGGCCUCGCGGCGGACCUCUACACCGGCUGGGACUUGCUUCGCGAGGACCACCGCCGAGCAGUCAUGAAGAAGCUGCUGGAGGAGGACCCUCUCCUCACCGUGACCUCUCCGCCGUGCACGGUCUUCUCCAAGCUCAGGCAGCUCAGCAACUUCAAGCGGGACGAGGGCAUCGUGGCUUCCGAGGUCCUCGAGGGAGAGACACACCUGGAGUUCUCCAUGAAGGUGUGCGAGAGCAGGCAUCAGCGAGGAGCACUUUUCCUGCAUGAGCACCCCUGGGGAGCAUCCUCCUGGUCGCGGCCGUGCGUCCAGAGGGUCAAGGAGUUGCCGGGCGUGUACUGGGUGCGCGGCCCGAUGUGCCGCUGGGGCCUCCACGCUCGGGGGCCCGAUGGGCGCGAGGCAUUCGUGCGCAAGGAGACAGGCUGGCUGACGAACUCGCAGGUCUUGGCCGACAUCCUUGCUGGGGAGUGCCGCUGCCAGUCCAUCGGCGGCGAACCCUACCGGCACGUGCACUUGCUCGGUGACAGGAGGGCUCGAAAGGCGCAGGUGUACCCACCCCGCCUGGUCAGAGCCAUCCUUCGCGGCCUCAGGGAGGAACUUCGAGCUCGAGAAUCGCUGUCCGACCUGGCGGGCUUCACCGCCGGGCCCUCGCCUCACGCCGAGGAUAUGGACCAGGAGGCGGAGGCGUUCGUGGACGACGUCCGCGGGGGCUUCCUCGACCCGCUGAAGGUGAAGGAGGCCAGGGCUGAGGAGCUGGAGUGGUGCCGCAGCCGCGGAGUGUGGAAGAAGGUUCCACGCCGCGAGAUGGAGGCGGAAGGAGGUCGUGCCAUCGACACGCGGUGGAUUGACACCAACAAGGGGGACCUCGAGCGACCGCUGUACCGCUCGAGGCUCGUUGCACGGGAGAUGAAGGUUCGCCGGCGCGCCGAGGGGCUGCUGCCGCCGCAGCAGGACCUCUUCUCAGGGACGCCACCGCUGGAGGCGUUCAAGGCGCUGGUCAGCCUGUUCCUCAGCAGGGCGUUCGAGCAGUUCCAGAGCUCGGAGCCCCGCGAGGUGCUGUACAAGUUCUACGACGUGUCGCGUGCCCAUUUCUACGGGCACGUGCAGAGGCGCCUCUGGGUGGAGCUUCCGCCCGAGGAGCGCCAGGGCGAGGAGGAGCCACUCGUCGGACUUCUCCUUCGCACGAUGUACGGCACGAUGGCUGCGAGCCAGGUCUGGCAGGGUGACUACGUCGAGCUGCUCAAGUCCGUCGAGUUUCUGCAGGGGAAGUCGAGCCCCGCCAUCCUGUGGCACCCAGGGCGUGACAUCGCCCUCGAGGUGCAUGGCGACGACUUCGGCGUGCUGAUGUAUGCAGACGACGAGGCCUGGUUCGACGAGCUGUUGAAGAAGUACGACUACAAGGUCACGGGCCGCCUCUCCUCGGCGGCCGAAGGGGUCCAGAGCUCGGUCUACCUGAACCGCGUGCUCAUCUGGGAUCCCGCCGCAGUUGAAGCACGCAUCGAGUCUGACGUCCGUCACGUUGCCAUGAUCCUUCGAGACCUGCACCUGCGCGACGCCAAGCCGGUGCAGACGCCUGCGGUCAAGAAGAGUGUGACCGAGAUGAUAGAAGCCUCGCAGUCCCAGACGCUCGAUGACGCACAGUCCAAGCUCUACCGCUCGCUGGUCAUGCGCGCGAGCUACAUCGGGCAGGACAGGCCGGACCUCAGCUACAUAGCGUCUUCUCUGGCCAAGUCGAUGAAGACGCCACGAGAGUCGGACAUGAUGGACCUGAAGCGCCUGGGGCGAUACCUCAAGCAGGCCAGGGCCGGCUCGCUGGUAUUCAAGCUGCAGGAGGUCCCCACGCGCAUCGAGAUCUUCGUAGACGCUGACUGGGCUGGCGAGGCUACCACCAGGAAAUCACGCAGUGGCAUGAUGCUCAUGCUCGGCUCCCAUCUUGUGAAGCACGCUUCCACUCAGCAGACCACGGUGGCGCUGUCUUCGGGGGAGUCCGAGUACUAUGCGAUGCUGAAGGGUGCGAGCCACGCUCUGGGGCUCCAGUCGAUGCUCCAAGACUUCGGCGUGCAGCAUCUAGAGAUGCCACUACUGCGCAGCGGCAGCGUGGCAGCCGAGGGCAUCGCCACGCGUCAGGGCCUUGGCGCUGUCUGCCACAUCGACACGAGAUUCUUGUGGCUCCAGGACCAGGGCUGGCAGCUGGGCCGGUGGUCGAAGAUCUCAGAGAGCAACUGGGUGGAGCAGAAGACAGGCCAGCCUGCUUUGCCGCCAGCCAUGUUCGAGGCCCUCACCGGAGGUCCCGUCUGCCCCGGGUCCACGACCGUGCGCCUGCGAAUGAUCGAUUGUCCCGAGGAUGACCAGAUCGAGGCCCUCAUCCUGGACACCAGUUUGCAGGUCUUUCGUGGCGGCCAGUACGUCGGCGAGUACAUGGGAGGCUACGAGAGCGCCGUGGAACCCAUGGGCGAGGCACCUCUCCAGCAGUCCUCCUUCAACUCCAGCGCGCCGGCUGAAGUCACGAUGCAGGUGCAGACAAUCCAGGCGUCGCCCGUGCAGACGCUCAGGCCGGCGCGCAGCGCAGGGGCCACGCAGAAGGCCGGGUUCGACAGGUCGCCAGCCAAGGUGUGUGCGCUCCACAGCGCGUGCAGCGGUGGCGAUGCCGCCGCGGUGAAGGCCCUGCUCGACCAGAGGGUGGACCCAGACGCGCCGGGCGAGAAGGGCAAGACCGCGCUGCUGGUGGCGGCCACCGCAGGCAGCCUGCCGGUGGCGGAGCUGCUGCUCGCCGCCGGCGCAGACCCGAACGUCGGCUCGGAGGACGGCCAGACCCCGCUCGUCGAGGCUUUCCGGCGGGGGCACAAGGCGGUGAUGAGCAAGCUGUUCAGCUCCACGCUAGGCAGCCUGAGGGGGGCGCCGCGGGAUCUCGGAGCAGGCGGCACGGCGGAAGCUGACGACGCCGUGCCCGCGAAUGCUCACCACUCCCUCAUGGGGGUCACGAUGAAGCUCAGCAGGCUCGGUCCGACCACCCAGGAUCGCUUCUACUCGCCCGCUCGCAGAGACACGACCGACUUGACACGGACACUAGCUCUGGAUCCAGCCACGCUACGCGAGCAGCAGCUGAAGAACAAGAUGUGCUUGCUCGCAGAGAACAGCCCCAGCCCCAGCCGCCGCCCCAGCAAGAGCCCCAGCCGCGCGCACUGA